UUAUGUAUGAAACAUAAAUGGAUUAGGCAGCAGGCUUGCAGCCUAUAUAAGCCUUCUCCAAUCAAUCUUUUAAGUGUCCACUUACAGUAGGCGACCAUGUGUUUAUAAUUUCUAUUUGUUAAAAAUAUUACUUCACAAUGAGAAUCUGGAUCUGUAUGAAAACUACAGGACGAAAACUAUGACCUGCAAAUUUUACAUGUAGCGGCUUUUCAUGGAAUUCAAAUGACUUGUGGAUAUCCUUAGCUGUAAUAUGUGUCCCUAUAAAGUAUGCAAGGUGAAGAUAACGAACAGUGAUCAAUCUCAUAACUCCUACAAGCAAUACAAAAUAGAUAGUUGAGCAAACACGGACACCUGGACACACCAGAGGUGGGAUCAGGUACCUAGGAGGAGUAAGCAUCCCCUGUUGACCGGUCACACCCGCCGUGAGCCCCAUAUCCUGAUCAGGUAAACGGAGUUAUCCGUAGUCAAAAUCAGUGUGCCAAGAACGGCUAAACAAUCUAUGAAACACAUCAGACAGCAUUUGACCCAAUGCGAGGUUGUAUUGACGAACUAGAUCGUUAUAACGACCAUAGAAUUUGCGAAAUGCUGACUUCAAUCGAGACUGUUGAAAUCCCUGUACCAUCAACUUGUUUGUCAGUAGCUUACCUCGAUUUAAAAACUGACUAUACCCAGAACAAGCUCUUGCAUAUCGAAUCAGUUGAGAUAUAUAAACACCAUAUGCAGGUGAUAAUGGAAUAUUGCUACAUAAAUGUGGGAAGUUGACGAUGGAGAAACAUCUCUCAGAUUCCUCUGAAAAACACGAUAUCGUACCGUAUCAUUUACACAGAAAGUUUACACCUAAAUAUUCGGAAUGUGUGAAACACGCCCACAAAAAUUGUGAAGUUUUCUGCGAAAAAUGCGACAUUCCUGUCUGCUCUUUUUGCGUCAUUUCUGGUGAACAUGAAGAUCACAAGUUAUCUGAUGUUCUGGAAAAACUCAGCUCUAAAACACAAAGUUUACAAAGAGAUUUAGAGGAACUCAAGACCAGAAUUUAUCCCCGAUAUGAAGAAAUGGCGUACGGUGCCCAAACUGAAAAAGCCGAGUUAGAAGCGAAUUACGGGAAAUUGACCACAGCUGCCGAACAACAAGGAGAAGUUUGGCACCGCGAGGUCAACACCCUUGUCAACCGACGGAAAGCAGGCAUUGAGGAAACGAAAACUAAACAUUUGGCUGUAUUAGAGAAACAUGAAGACGAAAUAACACACAGAAUGACUGAAAUCAAACAGGUCAUUCUAGAAAUUAAAAACAUUCUGGACACCAAUGAUAUCUCCUUAAAGCUGACAUGAAUUAAUAAAUACGUACACCUUUUUCAUCUUAUCCGCCAUAUUUCUCUCAGGUAGCCUAAUUUACUCUACCCGUAUAUACCCCAAAUGUGAUUGUCACACCUGAGUGAUUUUUCUAGGUGGACUCGACCAGUGCACAUCUCCGAUAGUAAUAUAUAGGGAAAUGCGAAACAAAUAAAAUCACAUUUUAAAACAUUAUGCUUUGCUCAAAAUUACAAAAUAUUUAUUGUAUACCAAUGCAACAUUCCGAAAGAUUAGAUAAUUUAGAAAAAAAAUGCACAAAAAAGUUUUUCUUGCAUACUUGCAAGUGCAAGCAAGUAUUUGCAGUUUCUUAUGAAAUAAAUGCGAAGAAAUCAUUUGCCAAUUACAUACUGAUAGAAUGGAAUAAGCAAAGAGCAUAAAAUAUAUUAUUUAUAUCAAUUCUUGCAAAAUACAGGUCCAUGCCAUAUGCAUAAUAUGUAAUGCACAUGGCAUAUUCGCAACAACAAACACCGUAUCAAAUACGGACGUCUAUUCAACAGGUAUCGGAGAUGUGCACUUACCGAAAAUAUUAGAUUCUCUUUAUUCUGAUAAAUCCACGAAACAAAAUGAUAAAGUCCAUUUGUAUCUCGUUAGAACUUUACAACACGUUGUCAUUCCAUUAUACAGACUGCGACACACUUCACCCGUGCCAAAUAGGGUGUCUUCAAUCAGGGGAGAUGUCAGAGUCGAAAAUUUUUCCUGCAUUGAAUGCUUGUCUGGUCGAGGUUUUGCAGUUGAUAGAAACCGGGAAUCUAAUCAUAUACAUUGAGCAUCUGGUUGGAUAUAUUGCGUGCUCAAUUCAAAAUUUAUCGAUGAUCAUAUACAAAUUUGGAUAUACAAAUAAGGGAAUAAUGAUCGAAAAUAUACAUCUGUUUAAAAAUACGGGUAUUACAUUUGCAAUCCAUAAUAAAACAGUUGAUUACACAAAGACACAUAUAAAAGGAAAUGUAUAAACGAAAAUAUAGUUUUAUUGUUUCAUUGGGAACCACAUAAUUAUUUACGGUCUCUGUAUGUCCAUAUUCAUUGAUUGAACAGGAGAGAGAGAGAGAGAGAGAGAGAGAGAGAGAGAAAGAGACUGUCCUACUUCGAUGUACAAUAUCAUUUCACAAAAGGAAAGAAAAUUGAUCACUGAUAUAAUGGUAAGCUUACAAGCAUUAAAAAACUCCAGCUAUUUAAAAAUUUGUUAUUGACAAUAUAUUAAAAACUUACAGGAGUUGAUGCUAAUAAUUGAAUUCAUUACAAAUUCAAAAAAUAUAUAUAUACCAGUUUAAACUGCAUGUAGAAAAUACUGACUUUGUAUGUUAGAAUAACGGGAAAAAGUAAAUCGUCAAAAAAGUGGGGAGAGCAGACCAGCCCAGCCUCCCUGCCCACCCCAACCCCCUGUAUACGUGCCUGAAACAACAUAUCAAUUCGUGUUGAAAGAAAGGAGCAUAUUUGCAUUUCAUUAAAUUCCAAAGGAGCUCGAAUUUAUGUGUUCCCCUAUUAAUUAUUUUGUAUGCAAGAUUCGUUCCCGAAUUUAGAAUCAUGCUUUCAGUCAGAGCAGAAAUGAAUUAAUUUUGAAGUACAUCUAGUUUGAAUGCAAAUGUGGGGUUCCUUCUUUUAAUUUCAUCAGAUUCAUUAAAACCCCCU